AUGUGCGGCACUUGCAACGGCGACACGAACGGAGGGGCCCCCGCGGCUGCCGCCAACCCUCCCUCCCAAUCCACCGCGAACGGAGUCUACCCUGCCCAAGGACUACCCAAGAGCUCUCCAUACCAGUCCGUUCAGGACUAUCUCUCGAAUGUCAACAGUUUCAAGAUCAUUGAGAGUACGCUUCGUGAAGGCGAGCAGUUUGCCAACGCCUUCUUCGACACCGAGACCAAGCUCAAGAUUGCCAAGGCCCUGGACAACUUCGGAUGUGACUACAUUGAGGUUACGUCCCCGGUUUCGUCGCCGCAAUCGUAUGAAGACUGCAAGCGGAUUUGCCAGCUUGGAUUGAAGGCCAAGGUCUUGACACAUGUCCGAUGUAACAUGGACGACGCCCGCAAGGCUGUAGAAUGCGGUGUCGAUGGUGUUGAUCUCGUUAUCGGAACUUCAAGCUUCCUCCGUGAGUACAGCCACGGAAAGAGCAUGGAGAUGAUCCAGAAGAUUGCUCUCGAAGUCAUCGAAUACGUCAAGAGCCAGGGUGUCGAAGUCCGGUUCUCCUCCGAGGACUCGUUCCGUUCGGAUCUCGUUGAUAUCCUUGCCCUGUACAAGGCCGUCGACAGGGCCGGAGUCAAUCGUGUGGGUGUUGCAGACACCGUCGGAGGCGCGACCCCUAGAAUGACAUAUGACUUGGUUCGCACUUUGAGGGGGGUGGUAGGCUGCGACAUUGAAUGCCAUUUCCACGACGAUACUGGUUGCUCUGUUGCCAAUGCCUUGUCAGCCUUGGAGGCAGGGGCAAGUCAUAUCGAUACCUCAGUUCUCGGAAUUGGCGAGCGUAACGGCAUCACCCCGCUUGGUGCCCUCAUGGCCCGCAUGGUUGUGACUGCUCCCGAAUAUGUUACCAAGAAGUACAACCUCAAGGCCCUCAAGAGCCUGGAAGAGUUGGUUGCGGAUGCCGUACAAAUCAACAUUCCUUUCAACAAUCCCAUUACCGGCUUCUGCGCGUUUACGCACAAGGCGGGCAUUCACGCCAAGGCCAUUCUCGCGAACCCUUCAACAUACGAAAUAAUCGAUCCCAGCUUGUUUGGACUUACACGAUACGUCUCGAUUAAUUCAAGAAUUACGGGAUGGAACGCCGUCAAGUCUCGUGUGGAGCAGCUUGGCCUUAAGAUGACCGACGAGCAGGUCAAGGAGGUGACGGCCAAGAUCAAGCAGAUGGCCGAUAUCCGACCCCUGGCCAUCGACGAUACCGACAUAAUUGCUGCUGCUAUUGGCAAGGCCGCUGAUGAAGCCGUUGACGAAGCUGAAGACGAAGCCGUUGAAGCCGUUGAAGCGUAA